AUGAAGCACAAUCUAGCGGUUCUCGUCAUGCUACUCUCUGCUGCGGCCGCGGCCGCCACCGCCACCCUCCCGGAGCUCAAAGGGCAUGAAACAGGGGCGGCGGCGGAGCAGGCCAUAAGAGUCCGGCGAACGUGGCCGUGCUGCGACCGCUGUGGCGGGUGCGCCACCGGUUCCGACGAGCCGGAGUGCCAGUGCCACGACCUGGUGCGGCGGUGCCACCCCUCGUGCCGGAGCUGCGUCCGGUCGCCUCUCAGCGUGGAACCUCCCCUGUUCUACUGCUCCGACCGCAUCCCCGGCUACUGCCAGCGCCGGUGCAACUCCGGCGACAGCUUGCAGAUCCACUGA